AUGAGUCUCCACAAUAUGGGGACUAACAAUGGAGAAGACGCAUUGAUCACCAAGCGAAAGGGUGGAUUCAAAGCUUGCAUGUUUGUUUUUGCCUUGACAGCAUUGGAGAACAUGGGAUUUGUAGCCAAUUUGAUCAGCUUGGGAUACUACUUCUUCUCUGUGAUGCACUUUGAUUCAGCUGGCUCUGCCAACACUCUCACAAACUUUAUGGGCUCAAUUUUCUUGCUCACUCUUGUUGGUGGCUUCAUUUCUGACACCUUCUUAACCAGAUUCACCACUGCUUUAAUUUUCGGAACAAUCGAAAUCCUGGGCUUGGUGUUAGUAACAAUUCAAGCUGCCGUAAACAGCUUGCAUCCUGUUGAUUGUGGCAAGUCAAGUUGUGUGAAAGGUGGUGCAGCAGGGAUGCUAUAUUUCUCUCUGUGCUUGUUAGCAUUAGGUACAGGUGGAUCCAAAGGAUCUGUUCCUCCACAUGGUGCUGAUCAAUUCAACCAAAACGAUCCAACAGAAGCAAAAUCACUCCCCACCUAUUUCAAUUGGCUGCUAUUCACUACUACAAUUGGAGCUGCCUUUGGGGUCACUUUUAUUGUGUAUGUUAGCACAGAAAUAGCAUGGUACAAGGGCUUUCUCAUAACAACUGUUGCUACAUUUGUUGGCUUUAUUGUUUUCGUCAUUGGAAAGCCUUUCUACCGGUUAAAACUGCCCAGUGGCAGCCCCAUUACAAGGGUUUCUCAGGUUAUAGUUGUGGCAUUUAAAAACCGAAAGCAGUCACUGCCAGAGAAUCCUGAGGAAUUGUAUGAUAUCAAUGAAAAAGAAAGAGCUGCAACAGAGGAAAGAAUCCUACACACCAACCAGUUUAGAUGGCUCGACAAGGCUGCAAUUAGGAGCAAAGAUUCAGUGCCAGCACCAUGGACAGUCUGCACUGUGACUCAAGUUGAAGAAGUGAAAGUUCUAACUAGAAUGUUGCCAAUUUUAGCUAGUACAAUCAUAAUGAAUACUUGUUCAGCACAAUUUCAAACAUUUUCAGUACAACAAGGCUAUCUCAUGGAUCGCCAUCUGGGCAAAUUCGAGGUUCCUCCUCCUUCGAUCCCAGUGAUUCCAAUAUUAUUCAUGCUAAUUCUGCUUCCUAUAUAUGAAUAUGCUUUUGUGCCCUUCGCGCGCACGAUCACCAAGCAUCCCUCAGGCAUUACACAGCUGCAACGCGUGGGUGUGGGGCUAGUUCUUUCCAUAAUUUCAAUGGCGGUAGCAGGCAUUGUGGAAGUUAAAAGGAGGAACCAGUCCUUCAAAAACCCUUCAAAGCCUAUCAGCCUGUUUUGGUUAUCAUUUCAAUAUGGGAUUUUUGGGAUUGCAGACAUGUUUACUCUUGUGGGAUUGUUGGAAUUCUUUUACAAGGAAGCUCCCUCAGGAAUGAGAUCACUUGCUACAGCAUUUACAUGGCUGUCACUUUCAUUUGGCUACUUUUUGAGCAGUGCAUUUGUUAGUAUUAUAAAUGCGGUGACAAAAAGAGUGGCUCCAAGCAAACAAGGAUGGCUACAUGGAGUCAACAUUAACAACAAUAAUCUCGACUUGUUUUACUGGUUCUUGGCCAUUCUUAGUGUGCUAAAUUUUGGACUUUAUUUGGUGUCAGCCUCAUGGUAUAAGUACAAAUCAGAAGAUCCUUCUGUUAAUGCUGAUGAGUUGAUAUUAACAAGACCUCCAAAUGAGUUGAUUCUUACUAAACAAGAAGAAAAGAGUGAUGAGGAUGGUGAAGAAAAGACAAAGGAAGAUUAUGAAAAAUCUGCUGCAGCUGAAACAACUGAAAAUGAUAAAGAAAAAGCCAAUGAUUGGUGAAGUUAUAAGAAAGUUUAUUGCUGCUUAUUACAUAUGUAUGUAACUGAGUGUGGGUGUGAAAUUUGUAUG